AUGGCAGAGUCUUUCACGUCCCGUUCCACAGACGCCUCAGGAAACGGUUAUGCCAAUGCUUCAAAUCCGUCUCUAGUGCCAACAACGCAAUCCCAGCCCUCAAACAUUAUCCGCAAAAAGCUCAUGGGCUAUGUCGGCUUUGCCAACCUCCCCAACCAGGUCCAUAGGAAGAGCGUCAGGAAGGGUUUCCAGUUCACUUGCAUGGUCGUCGGUGAAUCCGGCCUCGGCAAGUCUACCCUUGUGAACACGCUCUUUAACACCACCCUCUAUCCGCCCAAGGAGCCCCUCCCGCCCUCAGCGGAGCGGCCCAAGACCGUUGCCAUUGAGAGCAUUGGCGCUGACAUCGAGGAGAACGGCGUCAGACUCCAUUUGACCGUCGUCGACACCCCCGGCUUUGGUGACUUUGUUAACAAUGAUGACAGCUGGAAGCCCAUCGUGGAGAACAUCGAGUCCCGCUUCGAUUCCUACCUCGAGCAAGAGAACCGUGUCAACCGGGCCAAGAUUGUUGACAACCGUGUCCAUGCCUGCCUCUACUUUAUCCAACCCACCGGUCACUCGUUGAAGCAGAUCGAUAUCGAGUUUAUGCGCAGAUUGCACACCAAAGUCAACCUUAUUCCCGUCAUCGCCAAGGCAGACACCUUGACUGACGAAGAAGUCGCAGAGUUCAAGCAGAGAAUUCUCGCGGAUAUUGCCCACCACAACAUUCACAUCUUCCAAGCCCCUACCUACGAGAACGAAGAUGAAGAGACCCUUGCAGAGGCUGAGGAGAUCGCCAGCAAGAUUCCAUUCGCCGUUGUUGGUUCGAAUCAGAUUGUCACUACUCCUGACGGUCGUGAAGUCCGUGGACGUGUGUACCCCUGGGGUGUUGUUGAGGUCGACAACGAGGACCACUGUGAUUUCGUCAAGCUCCGCCAGAUGCUUGUCCGAACUUACAUGGAGGAACUCCGAGAGUACACCAACGAUGUACUCUACGAGAACUGGCGAACAGAGAAGCUCUUGAGCAUGGGUGUGGCUCAGGACUCGUCGGUCUUCAAGGAGAUCAACCCUGCUGCUCGUCUCCAGGAAGAGCGCAUCCUGCACGAAGCCAAACUUGCCAAGAUGGAGGCCGAGAUGAAGAUGGUGUUCCAGCAAAAGGUGCAAGAAAAGGAGUCCAAGCUCAAGCAAUCCGAAGAGGAGCUGUAUGCUCGUCACAAGGAGAUGAAGGAUGCAUUGGAGAAGCAGCGCGCCGAGCUCGAGGACAAGAAGAGGAGGCUCGAGACUGGACGACCCCUGACACCAGAGAAGUCCUCUGCUACUGGCCGAAAGAAGGGUUUCCUUCGUACGUGAUGACCUUAAUUGAGCAGCACUCUUGGCGCUCGUCCCUGGCGACCCUGGCUAUGUUGAUACCUCCCCGUUUUCUUUUUUUACUCUACCUGCCUAGUCUUUUUGUACACCAUCCCGUAAAUUACUCGCCGUUCUUUUUAUCUUGGUUCGAUCAUGAUUGCCCUCCACACACUCCCUUGCCUCGAUUUCUUUUCGGAUAAUUGUGCUCUGGCUCCCCUCGUUUUAGUAUGCGACUACUUCUUUCUAUACGGAACCUCGCCAUCCUUAUAGUCUUAUCCAGCGGACCUCUACUUUUUUACGACAAUAUACCAUCGGUUCU